GUACGCAAUUUACGCUCUGCGGUAUGAUGGAAUUCAAACAAGGAGCAUGGCUUUCUUUGGCUGGAUGCGCACUUCUUCUUUGUUUUGUUCUGUGCUGUUGUCUCCUUCGAAAACGGAAAAAGUUUCUGACAGUUCCUACAAAUGUGGUAGUGGUCCAUCACUUCUUUGGAAGAGGGUUGAUGGUUCCCAGCAAGUCGCCAUUCCCAAUGAAGCUUGAGACGUUUCUACGCAUGACCAAAACACCAUAUAUGAAUGACCACAGCGGGAGAAUGUCCAAGAAAGGUAAAACACCAUGGAUCAAAUUCAAUGAUACAGAAGUUGCGGAUUCCCAAUUCUGUAUAGAUUUCCUGAAAAAGAAAAACGGCAUCGACCUGAAUACAGAACUAAGUUCCCGGCAGAAAAGCGUAGCCAGGGCGUUCUUGAAACUGAUUGAAGAAAACUUUUACUGGUAUGACUGCCUAAACAACAUACCAGUGUUGAAAAGUUCAGCUCCAUUUAAGGGAUUUGGCUUUUGGCUGUAUUAUUGGUUUGUGAGACGUGCCAUAAAAAACGCCACCUGGGGACACGGAAUUGGACGCCACAGUGUGGAGGAAGUCUGGAGCAUAGGUCAAGCUGAUAUCGAGGCUCUGUCUAACUAUCUGGCAGUCAAACGUCCAAAUAUGAAACAGAUGUGGCAGAGUCUAGCGCCAUUUGUAGACCGUGUGGCGCAGUAG